ACCUUCUUCCUCCGAUUGCCCCACCCUGGCUAGGAGGGAAAUCCUACUGUGGACGGGAGGAGCCAGCCAGCCGGAGCCUGAGCGAACCGAGAGAGGGAGAGAAAACAAAGUCGUCACCUCCUCCUCCUCCUCUUCAUUACGGCCGCCCUUGGAGCUGCAGCUAGGGAGCCGGGCGGGGAACCUCAGACUCACCUGGUCGGAGUCGCCAGCCCAGGUAGCCGCAAUUCCCGCCAAACUUUUCGCCCCCGGACAUGGCCCCGCUGGCAAGAGCAAGGCGCAGAGAGGGCCCUGUUGGAGCCGUUUGCCUCCAGCUUCUGCUCGGCCUCUUGGUAUUAAGUUUAUUUUGUGAAGCUUGCAAAAAAGUUACCCUAAAUGUGCCUCCGAAACUAGAUCCAGACACACUAAUUGGCCAAGUAAAUCUGAAAGGGUGUCUUAGAACUUUUGACCUGAUCAGUACUAGUGACCCUGAUUUCAUAGCCCUGGAAGAUGGUUCUAUAUUUACAACAAAUGCAGUUUCUUUGUCUUCUGGAAAGAAAGAAUUCUCCAUAUUGCUCAAGAACUUGCAAAAUAAUCAACAAAAGCAAAUACAUGUCAAUUUGCUGUCACAUUCUUCAAAAACACACAAAACAGGAGAGACUGUUCUUAGACGCAGUAAACGAAGAUGGGCUCCUGUUCCAACUACUAUAAAGGAAAACUCACUGGGACCUUUCCCAAUGCAAAUUCAGCAGCUAUCUUCUGAUACAGUUCAAAAGUACAACAUUACCUAUUCUAUCGGUGGUCCUGGUGUUGAUCAACCACCACUAAAUUAUUUUUACAUUGAAAAAGAAACAGGAAAUCUCUUCGUUACUUGCCCAAUAGAUCGGGAAGAGUAUGCAGAAUUUCGGAUAAUUUGCUAUGCAAAGACAUUAGAUGGCUACACACCAGAGACUCCACUUGUACAUAUAAUCCAAAUUGAGGAUGAUAAUGAUAACCCCCCAAUUUUUAAUCCUGAUUCAAUUACUUUUACUAUUCCAGAGAAUAGCAGAUCUGGAACCUUAAUUGGACGGAUGACUGCAACAGACAGAGAUGAACCUAAUACCCUGCACACUAAACUGAAAUACAGAAUUGUGAGACAGAAUCCUGUUUUACCUCAAGGUGGUACUUUAUUUGCUGUAAAUCCAGUUACUGGUGAUAUUUCUUUGCAGACCCCGGCCUUGGAUAGAGAGAAAACAGAUAGUUAUACCAUAUUUAUGGAAGCGAGAGAUAUGGAUGGUGAUCGUUAUGGUUUGUGCAACACUGGAACAGUUACAAUUAAAGUUGCUGAUGCAAAUGAUCAUGCACCGAUGUGUGAACAUGGUGUGUAUGAAGUAUUUGUUUCCGAAAACACAAUUGGCAGAGAAGUAAUGAAAAUUGGUGUUGUAGACAAAGAUGUACGGGGAACUCCAGCCUGGCAUGCUACUUUCAAUAUUAUAAAAGGAAAUGAAGAUGGUGCUUUCAAAAUUGAAAUGAACAAGGAUUCAAACAUUGGUACCUUAUGUAUUGAAAAGGGUCUGGACUACGAAAAAAACAAGGAGAGAAGAUUAGAAAUUGUUGUGAAUAAUGAAGCACCUUAUGCUUUAGCACCAAAUUCAGGACCAAUUUCUACGAGUACUUGUAUUGUUGUUGUUAAAGUACAAGAUGUGGAUGAAGGGCCUGAAUUCAACCCUAUGAUAUAUAUUUUAAAUAUCAAAGAAUGUUUGAAAGCUGGAACAGUGGUUGGCCAUUACUCAGCAAGUGAUCCAGAGACCAGAAAUAGUGAAGACAUACGCUAUAAAAUAAUAAACGAUCCAUGUAAUUGGAUCACCAUUAAUAACGAAGGUCAGAUCAGCACCACUAGAAUGCUAGACAGAGAUGCGCCAGAUUUAAAGUUGUAUCAGUGUAAUGUAACAGUCGCUGCAGUAGACCGAAGUGGCAAAACAGGCACUGGAACCAUUGUAGUUAAUCUACUAGAUGAGAAUGAUAAUUACCCAGUCCUUAUUCAAACAGAGUAUACAAUAUGCAGAGACAGAAAACCAAUUUGUCUUACUGCUGUGGAUGCUGAUAUAGAUCCUCACACAGUUCCCUUUACUUUUUCCCUUCCUGAAAAAGAGAUUCCUUACUGGAGAUUGACUCAGAAUGAUGAAAGAUCAGUAUAUCUGGAACCAGCAGACAAUUUAGGCUAUGGUUCCUACUUAAUUCCUAUUAGAAUAUCUGAUAAUGAAGGCAACUAUGGAACUACUGAAAUCAAAGUUAGACUCUGUGAUUGUAUAACUCCUGGAGACUGUGUUUACCUACCAAAAGGAACGGAAACACUUCACGCCCCAGAUGUUACUCUUGGGAUUUGGGCCAUCCUUGCUAUGAUUUUGGGAUCAUUGCUGCUAUUGUUAAUCCUGAUCACGCUUUGUAGAUGUUUUGGUGGUGCACCCAUGGCUAGUACUAAGCAUGUUUGUGAUGAUUUAGCCAAUCAGAAUUUAAUCAUAUCUAAUACUGAAGCACCUGGAGAAGAAGUUAUGGAUCCCAACAUACUUCCUGUGAAAGCAGGAAACAUGGUUACUUCUGAUCAAGGGGCUGCUCUUAAUGCUUCUGGAGUGAAAACUGGGGGACAGGAAUGUUUCGAAAUGGUCAAAGGAGGACACCAGACCAUGGAAACAGUCAGGGGAGGAGGACAGCACACCAUGGAAUCUCUCAAAGGAGUGGAACAUCAUACAUUAGAAUCUGGAAGGGGAUAUGGGCAGUCCAUGAUGGAUACAUACCGAUACGGUUAUUCAGAAUGGCAGAAUUUCACACACCCUCAUCUGACUGAGAAAGUGUAUCUGUGUGGACAAGAUGAAGAGCAUAAGCAUUCAGAUGACUAUAUCCGUUCAUAUAACUAUGAAGGAAGAGGAUCGCCAGCGGGUUCUGUAGGCUGCUGCACUGAUCAGCAAGAAGAAGAGGCACUUGACUUUUUAGAUCAGCUGGAACCGAAGUUUAGGACGUUAGCAGAAACCUGUGUGAAGAGAUAAGAAUAGAUGACAGGGUGGAAAAUCAUCACUCUUUCUAUACAGAACAGCUGUUUCAGAGCUUGAAUACACCAGAUUUAUGUUUCUUUUUUUCCCCCUCUGAUGGGUGUGGUUAGUCAAAAAGUACAUCCUAACAUUAGUUUGUCAGGACUAAGGUUUCUAUAUCUAAACUUCAGGUGCUGUGUUAUGUUUUGCUUUAGACUAUCUUUAGCUGUAAAGUCAGUUUGUAAUUAACUUGCUUUCCAAACACAACAUACUCUUUUUAUUUUUACGCAUUUGCAUUUCACAGCAACUUGGGGCUUUCCAGAUGAUUUGGGGCUGCUGCUCCCAUAAUUUUCAGGCUUCAGCCAUGGUGAUUAGGAAUUCUGGAAGCUGCAGUCCUAUCACAUCUGGAAUAUCCCAGCUGGGGAAAAUGACUGUAGGAAACAAAAGUGCAUUACUUACUAUUUUAGGGACUAAGCUUUAAAGUAGCUAUUUUUGCCUGGGUAUUAGCAAGCUUUCUUUAAUUUAGCUAAAUCUUUGGUUUCAUACAAAGAAAUAAGGGAUUGCUGUAUUAAUUUUUUGCAUCUUAUGAAAACAAAGAUUUUUUUCUUCUUUUCAGUAACAAGAUGCCAUUCCCCCCCCCCCCCGGGCCUUGCUUUUCAUUCCCUUCCUCUGGUUUUCCUGUAUUUUUCUCCUUAGUAGACACCCAGUGUUUCAUGAUCGCUAAGCAUAAUUGGGCCUUAACACCUUUUUUAGGAUUUGGAGGGGAGCUGGCAAGGGUUCUUUGGCAAAGUUUGGAUUUCCCUCUAAGCCUGCUAAUGCUUUCCUUUUUUAUGUGGAAGUUAUUCUUUUGACUAAUAAAGAGCUUUUAACAAAGAAAUUGCUUACAUAUAAUGAAUUAAGUCUGUCUUAAAUCUCUUUAAUUAGAGAAUGCACAGAAUGAAAGGCAGAAAUGAUUUAGUCUAUAUGUCUAUUAUCUUCACUAAACACCAGUAGUGCUAGCAUAAAGGGAUGUAUUUAAUGCCAUUGCAGAAAUGAGCAUAGAAGUGAAAAUGCAAAGUGCAAAGGCAACAAUUUCCCCAUAGUUUUUAAAUUAAUUACAAGUAUACCAGUAUUAUUUGCCUUCUCUUCACCUGAGGAAUACUGCUAUUCGUUUAGUAUAAUUUUUAAUCACAUUGUAGGUAGAGGUAAAACUUGGGAGUAGAGGAACUACUAAUAUCAGACACUACACUUUGUUUUCUUUUAUCAAAGGCAAAAUAGAGAGUCAAACUGCUUAAGGGACAAUGUAUGCUGACUCUCUAUUUUAUGUAAUGAGUCAUGCUUUGCAAUUUUCAUGCAUGAACUAACAUGAUCCUAAUUAUUCUUGGGUAAUAUAGAUUCAGUAUAUUUAUAUGCCUGUAGUUAGGAAUUGGAGAAAUACAUGUGGUGCUAGAAAUCUGUAAUCAUAAAAAAUGGCAAGAGGCAUGUAGUAUUUGAAGGUACCUUUUUAUAGACUGAAGCUUUACCUUCACAGGUAUAGCCUAAAUGUGGAACUGGAUCUAGAAAUUAUAGCCCAUUUACCCAAUUGAUUUCUGUUGUUGUGCUCUAAAUAUAAUUGAGCCUGUAUAUAUUUUGAUGAACUUUUAAUAAGAGAUAAAUAAAAGUUCUGAUAACCUAUAUUUACUAGCAAACUUACAUAGCUUCAAAGAAAGGUGUUGUUGCUCUUGUUAAGUAAUACCAGCUUGGGUAGUGUUCCUAAUAUGAACAUUUAAGUGCAUCAGUAGGAAAGUGACCAGGUUUGAUAUAAUUGGAUAUAAAAGCAUAAAUGGCUGUAACCUGUAGUGCACUUAAUAUCUUAAGUAUUGAAAAGAAACAUUUCAGAAAAAUAGGAAAUAAAUUAUGGAUCAAGGUUUUAGUAAACAAACUUGACUCCAAUUUCUGAAAUUUUAUAGAGAAAAUUUUACUUUCUCAUAGUCUAUCCCAUGUAUGACUACUUAAUAUGACUAAGCCACAUUCAAAGCAGUGGAACAAGUAAUAGUAUUUGUGUUUGCAUUGGUUUUAGUUGAUAGACUUGAUUAAUUUUAGCUGAACCAUGAGUUUAUAAACUAAGGGCAAAAUAAAUAUGAACUUUAAAAGAUUAAGCAGAAGCAAGAAAAAUGGACUUUAUCAAAGCUUCAUUCUAUUUUUCCAGAGAUAAUGGGAAAUGGAUUACCUUGUAAGUUUUGAGAAAAAGUUUUUUUGUAAAAAAACCCCUAAAGUAUACUUAGUUAUUUGCUCAGCAUAUGUAUCCUUCAAGCAAAAAUGCUGGGUGGGAAUUCUGUGAAUUCUAGUCCAGUGCAAUAUUGGGCAAUUCUGUAGUACUCCAUAUAAUUUUUAACAGUUACAUGACUUUAGCUAUUGAGGAUAGUUGUAAUUCAUCUGUCUUCUGCCGCUUCCCUCUCCUCCCAGAUAUAUGACAUUUAUAAUUUAAGAGUAUCCUCUUCAUGACUAUUAGAAAAAAAAUAAAACCCUCAAGAAUAAUACAUGUUCUUGAGAAUUCUACCUUGUCUUAAAAUGGCAAUUAGGCUUGAAUUUAAACUCCAUAUCAUGACUUCGUCAGUGUCUGCAUUACCAAUGGUUUAUUGAAACUAAAGUCCAAUUUUUGUCAAUUUAAAAAUUAUGGUCAUUGUAAAAGCCAAUUGCUGUAAUUAAGAAAAGAAAGUAAUUGUACUAGGUAUGAAAUUUUAUAAUAUAAAAUAUAAAUUCAAAAUCAGACUCGAUCUAAAUAAAAUUGAUAAGAACAGAUGCAGUAUACUUGUUAAAAGCAUGUAAUAUGGACUGAGACAUCUUCAGUUAAAAGCUUUCUUGGUCAUAAAAUUGCUAUUUCGCUUAAACCAAGCUGUUCAUUUCUGAGCCCUGCAGUUGUAAUAUAGGGAUAAUACUCAACAUAGUAUUGCACUGUGUUUGAUGUACUUUGAACAUUCAGGCAAAGUUUUGUACAUACAUUAUUACAGUUUCUGGUUUUUAAGUAGCUUAGGCAUGGGUUUUCUCUGCUUUUUUCCCCAUUUUAUUACUGCCUAAUACUAGCAGGUCAUUUAAUUAUGGUAGUAAGGCUUCUUCAUUGCUAUGGGGUGCAAAGUUUAGAGUGUGUGUAUUUUUUUUUAAAUUAGGGAUUCCUUUAUUAAAGGUCAAUAGCAGACAAACUUCUUUCUAAAAGACAUUGUUAUUUGUCAUCCAGAUUUGGCUGCUGAUGCCGCUGACAUAGCAAUGCUAAGGCAUAACAGAUCAGGCUAGUGCCCAUGUGUUGGACAUAAAGCAAACAUCCCCCUUCUAUGCAUCUAUGAUAGACUAACAAAUAGGGAAAACCUCCCUUAAGAGGAAUAUUAAAAGCCAUGGUAGUCCUUAAUUUCUCAUUUGGAAAGAGGUAAAGAUUGAAAUAAUGCUUGUUUAAAUCUUAAUGUGUAACUUCGAGAUUUUACGUAUUAAAUUACAAAAAUAUAAUUGAAAAUAUCACAAUUUACCAGCAAAAAAUGGUCUGACUUAAAAUGAGUUGUUUCCCCCCCCCCAACUCUGUUUAAGUAGUUUCUCGUUGUUUAAACAUAUUGUGUAAUUUCAUAUCUUAAAUGCAUUUUUACAGGAACAAUAAAAUGGCUUUUGUGUCAAAAUAAAGAGAAUUUCAGUAAAA